AUGAAACUACAAGGAGAGCAAAUAACGAAAUGGUUGUAAGUAUCCUUUGAUUUAAACGAUGCAAUUUGGUCAAAUAUGGCAGAUACAAAGUUGUAAAGCCAAGGAAGUUCUUCUUAAGCAGUGACGAAAAGUAAUAAAUACAUUUGAUUAAAUAAGACGUAUAUGUUGGAAUCGAUUAAUAAUGUUAAUGA